UUACAUUCAUUUUCAGCCCGUUUCAGUCGUUAUUUUGUUUCAUUGUUUUUGAUUUUUUUGGUGUCGUCGUCGUUCAUGUUCUGAGUUUUGAGAUUGAUCCGCGUUCUGAGAUUCUGUUGUUUAUCUCUCUGAAUCUCUGAAUGCCGCUCUUUCCUUCGGGCGUCUCUCACUCUGCGCCGGCUGAGCAAGACCGCUCAUCUCGAGCUCCAGCCGCAACAUCAGAGCCACACCACACCCAUCAUCUUGCUUCUCUAGCUAUAACGCAGCCAGAGCGACAACGCACGCCAUUGUUUGCAUCCGCUGCUGCUCAGAAUCAACCGCUGUCGUCGUCAUCCACACUGCUCACCAACCAGCGUCCACUCCAAGCAGGCAGCGUUCCUGGCCAUGCUUUGGAUGGCUCCACCGUGUCGCAUUCGACGAGCGGCUGGUCGACUAGCAAUGCUACGGCUGCCUCGUUCCCAGUGUUCAAUGCGGCGCUGCUGCCGUCCGACCCGUUCGCCAGGCCGCUGUCAAGCAACGCCAGCAGCCACGCUGCACAGAUGGCAGAGUACUCCAAUGCAAGUUCAGCGGCCGCAUCUGCACUGACGUCGAGCAGCUUUGGCAGCUUUAGCACUGCUUCUGCUGCGAUCGCUCGCCCAGCGCAAGAAGCUCACAUUCAAGCGCCCGCUGGCUCAUCCCGACCACGAGACGAUCCGAAAUCGUCGUCAUUGUCGUCAUCUCUAUCACUUGAAGCCCGCGAGAGAUCGCGAUCGAGUCGAAGGAGACGUGACUCGAGCUCGGGUUUGUCGUCGUCCAAUUCGGAUGCAGGCUCCGACGACGACGAGGACAGGCGUGAUCGCAGACACCGCGACCGCCACUCCAAGCACGAAGUCCAUAGAGAGCAUAAAAGCAGCUCGAAACGGGACAAGGAGAGCAAAUCACACAAGCACAGGCGGUCCCAUCGCGAAGACGACAGGCACCAUCAUCGCAGUCGUUCGCAUGACGAUCGUCGCCAUGAACGCUCCAGCAAAGAGAGUCGCGACUCAAGAGACCGAGAAGACCAACGGCACUCGUCGAAAAGCUCUGACCACCGUCAUCAUCACCGAAGCUCAACGCGCGAAGGGCGACGCGGCGACGAGCCAUCGAUCUCAACCACACCCACCGUCUCGGCUGCACCAGCGAUUCGUGGCACUCUCGGUGCAAGCCAAAGCACUCUCCGAUCCACACGCCCUAUCUCGGUCUGGCUCGACGACUACCCAGGCGGCAAGGCCUUUCUUGCUUGGACGGCGACGGCGACUGUUGGCAGUGUUGUCGACUCGUUUCGCUCGGACGAAUCGUUAUCUUCAUUUGUGCCGUACUUUGCUGAUAAGACCGGCGAUCGCAAUAACUUUUCCUACCCGACGCUGUACAGCCAGGACACUGCCUCGUACUACCGCCGAUGGGGCGAUUUCAUCCUUGGUCGACGACGAGAGCACCAGUUCAUUGCGCUCAAUGAUCAGUUUACUCGGUCCCGAUCCAAAAAUACUACUCAAGGAGGGAGCGACGCAUACCGAUUGUCUCAUGUUGAUGCAAAGCGCAGCUUGCUCAAAUCGGGCACGCGUACCUUCCGACCUCCUCCGCAAUCGAGCUCGACGAGCGGAACAGCAGCAAACACAGAUGUCAACUUUGUCCCUCUUUCGGACAAGGCUGCCAACCCGCUCUCUGGGCCCAAUGCACAAAGGGAGGUCGAUGCAACACGUACAACCAACCAUAUCGCAGCUCUGCUGUGGGAAGGCGUGACGGGCGAACACACACCACCGCCGCUCUUGCAAUCAUCGAACUUGGCGCAUCCUGUCGACGCGUCUACGCGUCCGUCGCAGGUCGAGGACCUCGCCGACGAAGUCGAUCCAACCGAUGCCUCUGUAGCCGCGGAACUUGGGAGGUUGAAUGAGUUUGUGCGGCUUCAUCCUCGAAAUGUGGACGGAUGGAUGCGCUUGGUGGAGUUUCAAGAAACCCUCCUUUCUCUCCACUCUGGCGGCUUUGCCUCCUUCUUCCAGCAGUCAGCCCAAACAACUGGCAAAUCUCAAGCAACUGGCAAAGCUCAAGCAUGGAAUCGCAGUUCGGCACCGAGGAUGGCGGUGGCCGAGAUGCAGUUGGCGAUUCUCGAGCGAGCGCUCCGGGAAAAUCCAGCCAGUCCCGAGCUUGCUCGCCGUUACCUCAGCCUUGGGCACGAGCUCUGGCCGAGCGCCAAGCUGGCCGAGCAGUGGGAGCGCAUUAUUUUUCAGUUCUCCACCCACCUCGUCAUGUGGCGCGAGUACUUGCUGUUUUGCCAAUCCCACGUUGCCACGUUCUCCAUGGCCACGUGCCUGAGCGGAUAUCGCAAGUGCUUUUCCACGCUUUCGGGCAUCAACGAACGGACGAUUCGCGAGACGCUCGCCGUUGCCGAAACCGCUGCUCCGACCUUGGCCGCCGCGACGAUCGCCAUCCAGCGUGACUUGCUUGACAUUACAUCGCAGCUUUGCGACUUUCUUCGCGAUAGCGGAUGCCCCGAAAAAGCGGUUGCGCUGUAUCAGGCGCUCGUCGAAUUAUGUUGGUUUGCACCUACCACGAUGGAUCCCGUCCUAACGCCGAGCACCAAGACCACUUUGAAAGGGUUGCUGGCCUUCUUUGAGCCGUUUUGGGACAGCAGCGUUCCACGAUUUAGCGAUGCUGGAGCCGCUGGCUGGCGUGCUUGGCACACGCAACAUGUUGUGAAUCAGACGGCGGCCCAACACGACAUUCCAGUUUCAGGAAUGCGAGCUUCGUCACCAACUCCUCCAUCCCUGUCGCAAGAAGAUGCCGAAUUCAGUGUAUACGCAGAAACUCUUGCACGACAGCCUGUUGAAAGGCCCUUGGCGGCAUCCCAGUCGGCUGAUGGCAGAACGGUGGAUUUGUGGCUCAAUGCUGAACUGAAGCGGGACUCACACCAUUGGCGACCACUGCGAAUGCCUCCUCAGGAUGCCGACACGCUUGGCAAUCUUGAGGCUGCUGCGACGUUGGAUGAGCUGAUUGAGCGCGAUCCAGAGCAGGUUGUCCUGUUUGAGGACAUUUCCGCGUUUCUGUUUCGCAUUACAGCGCCAGAAAUCAAAGAGGCCCUGCUCUGGAGGUUUGUCGAGUUCCUUGGCGGGCGGCAGCUGCUCGAAGCCCUCCCUCUGACAGCCACGAUAUCGUCGUCCGUCCCGGGAUUGUCAUCCGAGCAAGCGCCGCAAAACGCGGGUUUGGCCACCUACGCCCUAUUCGCGCAUGCUUGUUCGCUCGAUGCUCACGCCCAACACUUGGCAAUGACCCAAAUUGAGUUUUCGCCACAUGGGCUGCCGAGUGAGCAUGUUUCAAACGAGCCACGGGAUGUCUUUUCCCGCCCAAUUCGUCCAACGCUGGCUCAUGCGCGCGAAAAGCUUGCAGCCAUCACGCAGCAGACGCUGCAGCACCUGUGUAAAGGACACGCAGGUUUUGCCGUGCUGAGCAUACUGAUACCAUACAGCGACAGCUGCGGCGUGUUUGAGCCUGAGGCGACCCAGCAGUUUGACUUGGCACGUGCGCAGGCUCGAGCAAUUCUAGAGCAGAAAUGGUUUCGCAAUGAUGUUCGCGUGUGGCUUGCGUAUGCACUGAUCGACUACGAGCACGCUCGAUGGAGCGAACGCAUUGAAGCAAGGGGCGAACGCAUAGAAGCAAGCAGCGCAGUGGCAAGCAUUGUGCCCUCAGUCGAAAAGCUUCUCAACCAAGCUCGCAAAACCAUGGCCAAAGUAUUUGCAACCACCGCCUCCAUGCUUGAUGCCGCCACCCUGCACGGGGUCAUCAAUACGCUUGUGCGGGCUGAGCUAGUUCUGGUCGCUGGUCCAAGGCAGGGAGAACGACGCCACUUACGGGACUUGCUGGCCCAGCUGCACGCUGGAACGCUGGCGGGCUCCAGUAGCGGAGAGGCCGACCGCCUGCGUCUGCGGCUGGCUCUGCUCGAUGCCCGCGACGCUGCGGCACGUGCGCGUUGUUUGCAGCUGCUUGUUUUGGCUGCCUCGCCGCAAUCGGCCUCCGCUUCCGAUCUUGGAGCUGCGCCAUCUGAUCUCAGCAUUCUACGUACGCGUACAUUCUAUAGCGACACGACGGCGGCAUUGCGCCAGGCAAUGCUGCAACUGGUCGGCGGACGGGACCUCGUCUCGCUAUCAGAUGGCGAAGUCCGCGCGCUGCUUCAAUCAGUCCUAGCAGCCUUGACUCCAGAAGCUACUCUCCCGUGCUUGAACUGGACAUGGGCGCAACAGCUUCUAGACGGCACCGAGUCUGCUGUAGAAACCUUGGCGGGGUUGGUCUCCAGCGUUGCCGCUCUGGUUCAUCGCGUUCGCGACAACGACGCUGCGCAAGCCGAUUUAGCAGCAGCCGGCUCGAGAAGAGGCGGUAGCAAUAGCCCCUUGGCUACCAUUUUGCUGACUGGGAAUGCGCAGGCCAUUGCCGACAAGCCACUCUCCUACCAUUCGCCAUUGUUCUACCACGGGACUCGUGGGUAUUACGCCGAUUUACAGGUUGGCUGCAUCAUGCUAGAGCAAGUGUUUGGCACGGCGUCGCUCCUGGUGACGCACUGCUCUUCCCUCGGAACUUCGCUGGUGAGUGGAAGAGUUCCGAGCGAGCUCGGCAAAAGCGUCAUGGGCCGGGGACUGCAGUGGUUUCCACACAGUCUGCUCCUACGUCGAGCCUGGCACGCGUUGCGGCGGGAGCAGGGCCGCUAUCAGCGGCUGUUGUCCGGUCUCGGCGAGUUGGCAAUGGAGAGCGGACCGCUGGGCCUCGCGUUCGCCAUCGAGGACGAGCGUACCGCUGGCUCGCGCGUGCAUCAAGCAGGAGGGUUUGACGAAGAGACCGAGUCGAUGCAAGGCAGGAUCAACCGCAUUCGUGCCGUGUUGGCGCGGGCGUUUGAUCCGACGAGUCGACAGUGCGAAGGGCAAUUCCAGUCCGAGGUGCGCCACUGCGUUCCGCUUUGGCGCAUGUUUUUGCAGUUUGAAGCGUCCUGCGUUUUCCGCGAGGAGGCGGCGGCUCGCGUGCGAGAGCGCGAUUUGCUUGUGACGCUCGAAACGAAGACGAGUGGCCUUCUGGAGCGCCAGGAAGGCCAACAACUGCUCCAAGCCGAGCGACUCCGCUUCUUGCAGCCGACGUCGGCAGCAGCACCACCACAACAGCACCAGACCACUGGCGAUGGUGCAGAAAACGCAGAACUCGAACGCCUGAAAUCGGGAUUUCACAAGCGCCUGGAGGAUGAACGGAGGCGCCGCCACCGUCGCCAGCGCCAGCGACUCACCGGUGUGUUUGUUCGCGCGCUGCAGCAGUGCCCUUGGGCAAAGGUGCUGUAUCUGGACGCCAUCCAGUGCGGCUUGUACCGCGGACCUCUCCAUCCCGAUCUCGCCACACAACUCCAAAUGGUGCGCAAUCCGCACGAUUGGGACGAUUCGCUCCAAGAUGUGGUCGAUCUCAUGCAAGAGAAGGGCCUGCAUGUGCGAACAAGCGUUGAAGAAAUCGAGGCGCUGGAUCAUGUUGAUGCGCAUCGAGCUAAUGAUGGAUCUGCGAUGACAUUUUGAUGGAGGAGCAAUCGUAAUGCGCCACUUGUCAUGUAUGAACAAAACUAUCCUGCAACUGUAAACACUUUGAC